GUCUCGCUCCGGUAGCGGGCCGGGGGGCGCGCAGCGCAAGUCCCCGCCCCUUCCCCCUCCCCCUCCUCGGACCGCGCGGGGCGGGCAGCGGACCCCGAUAUGCUGACCAGUGGCUGGACCCACAGCAUCGCCGUCCUGGUCUUGCUCGCCGCGCGCCCUGCCAGCCCCAGACGCGCCCGUUCCUACGACGAUGGUGACCCGUUCGACGCGGACGCGACGAGGGCGCAGUUCAGCCGCCACAACUACCACCGCAGGGUGCAGGACCAGGGCGACGACUUUCCGCAGUACGACGGCGGAGCCGCCCCGCUGAGCGCGGCCGGUGCGGCUCGGAGGGAUUACCGCUCCUUCCCGUGGUCAGACGACAACCCCCGGUCCCGCAUGUACCCCCCGCCCCUGGCUGUCGACGGGGACGCCACGGGGGGACUAGGUUAUCAGUUUCUACGACGGCGAGGCGGUGGCGGCCACAGGAGACACCUGCCGGACGACGCAUACCGGCCACCGCCGGCGAGGUGGGCGGACCAGGGCGACGACCAGGACGACGCCGACUGGAGGGGUCCGCCUCGCGCCCGGCUUGCCGACGGCCGUGACCACGCCAUCAGGUGGGAUCGGCGUCAAGGUGCGGAUCCGACAGAGGAAAGAGACCGCCCGGGCGGCGCGAAGUCAGGACGCCGCCCUGAGGACACGCCCAGGGCAGAGUCCACGUUAGAGGGGAGGCAGGAGCCGAGGCAGGAGCCGAGGCAGGAGCCGCGUCAAGGCGCGAGGCGGGAGGACGCCCGUCAGGACCCGCGCCAGGAUAGAAAGGAACCGCGGCAGGACUCGCGCCAGGACACCAGGCAGGACCCGCAGCUGGACGCCGCACAGGCCGUGGCCUCGGAGGGGCAACCCGAUGGCAGGACGGCGCAGGACGAUGUCCAGGACGCGACUCCCAACCCCAAGCCACUCAUCGUGCGCGUGUGGCUGUCCAUCGACCAGAGGUCCGGCCCCGUGCUGCUGCAGCAGGUGUCGCCGCCGCCGCCCCCCUUCCAGCCUGGGGCAGUGCACCUCGUGCCGGGCGGCGGCCACCGCAGACCGAGGCCGGCACCUAAGGCGCCGUCGCCACCCGGCGACCUGCGGGGCGCCGACAAGACUGCGGCCAGCAAGCACAUCGUCAUCAACAACUACUACAACCACUUCCCGCUCGACGGAGCGACCCAGGAUGGCGGCGAGACAACCCCCUACGAGCAGACCACCCCCGACACCUCCGUGACGGAGCAAGGGCUUGGCAACGAGGAGCCGCAGACGUCCGCGUCGGAGUCGAGCGCCGACCUGACAGUCCCGUCACUCGCGGACGCCACCGUCACCACCGCCAUGCCCUCGCAGACCGACAGCGUCGAGCCACUCCCCGCCAGCGACCUGGAGACGUACUUGGGCUCGGACCUGAGGGACGCCGACGACGCCAAGCCUCCGGCGCACGCGGGCCACCUGUCCAAGCCGGUGUUGACGGAGAGGCUCGCGGAGCGGUCGGCGGACAGGACGGUGUUGAAGGCGGCGUCGGCCGUCAGGCCGCACGGGCACGCCGGGGACAGGACCAAAAAGCGCCGCCCGAGCCCCGGCCCGAGCGCCAGGGACGUCGACGGUGGGGGGGCGUCGAGCAAGAGCAGUGGUGGUGCGAGUGGGGCUGGAACCUCACCCGGAAACGAGGCCGGAAGCGGAAGCGGCGCCACGCGCACCAAGGCGCACGCCAGUGGCUCGCCCUCAAAGAGAUGCUUUUCGAUCGUGACGGAAAAUAAAGUGAAACGCUACAAGGAGACCCCCUGUUAAAA